AUGGAAGAUAAUAGGAAAAGGUCAAUUUUUUUCACGCGAUCUGGUCUUUCUGACUUCCUGGAAAAUUUUUGGUAGCAGCAAAAAACCUUAAGUGGCCUCUUAGAAAAAACCCGAAAAAAAGAUUGAUGAAAAUGCGGGUCUGGUCAACCCCUAGAGCGACUUCUUAAAGCUUCUCUCUCAGGAAAUCACUCAAGUGGCCACUUUGCUCUCUUUAAACUUACCAUAGACUUUGUAAAAAGUAGGUCAGCCCCUAGAGUGACUUCUUGAAACUUCUUUCUCAGGAAAUCCCUCAAGGGACCACUUUUCUCUCUUCAAACUUACCAUAGAUUUUUUAAAAAGUAGCUAAACCCCUAGAGUGGCUUCUUGAAGCUUCUUUCUCAGAAAAUCACUCAAGUGGUCACUUGGCUCUCUUCAAAAUCAGUUCGAUUCCCUAGAGUGACUUCAAAUUACUUCGAAAAGCUGUUUUUUAAGUGGCCACUUAUAAUUUUCCUUAAAUGACCAGUUCAAACGACUUUAGCCUCAGCCCCUAAGACUCAAGUGGUCCCUAUAGGAGUCGAAAAAGGGGUUCCUAUAGGGGUUUUGGGUCAAAUUCUUUAGCCAUCAAGGUUCAAGUGAGCCUUACAAGGGCCUAAAAGGGGACCCUAUAAGGGUGAAAUCAAGGUGGUCCUUAUAGGGGUUUAGGAUCUGACCCCAUAACCCCUCUAGCUUAAGUGGUCCCUAUAGAGGUUGGUAAAAUAAUCCCUAGAGUAGACCCUUCAAGAGCCCCUAAGAUUGCCCCUAUAGGGACCACUCUGGAGUUUUUAAGUGAUCUUUUUUUUUGAAUCAAAGGUUUACAAUUCAAUUUCGUUCAGAAAUAUCGAACGUCGGAGGGAAACUUCGAGAUAUGCGGCCCGGGAUCGUCGCGGCAAGGAGACGGAAAUCUUCAACGACCUGAAAGAUGUCGUCCCGAUUGUCUCCGACGGGCCGGCGGCUCAUUUGGACCGGAUUGCCUUGCUCCGAGUCGGCGCCACCUUUUGCCGUCUCCACAAGACCGCCAGCAAUGGUUGGGGCUCAAGACUUUGUGAUGAGGAACCACAGAAAUUCUGAGGAUCUUGGGAGCACUAUGAUGGUCCCUAUAGGGGCCUUCGGACGGUCAUCUCUAGGGACCACUUCAGCAACCCCUAUAGGGGCCACUACAGCUUGCAACAGUGGCCCCUACAGGGGCUACGGUGUCAGAGCCUAAACCCCUAUAGAGACCACCUUAGUUUUACCCCUAUAGGGUUCACUUUUCAGGCCCCUAUAGGGCCCACAUGAGCCUUAAGGGCUGAAGAAUUCGACCCUAAACCCCUAUAGGGACCCCUUUUUCGGCUCCUAUAGGGUUCACUUAUGCUUUAGGGGCUAAGGAAUCAGACCCUAAACCCCUAUAGGGACCACCUUCGUUUUACCCCUAUAGGGACCCCUUUUUCGGCCCCUAAGGCGCUUAUUUUCCACCUAACCCCUAUAGGGACCACUCUGGAAUACCUAAGAAAGUUUUUGAAAAAUAAUUUCAAGUUACGGAUUAGACUUGAAUUUUUCCAUUCAUAUUUCCCAAGCUAGGACUUGAAAAGGACUUUUAUUUUCCGCAGGGAAGUUGGGCCAGCUUGGGCCGAUGUAUUUUUUUUGGGAAUUUUAAAUAUAGCGCUUAUCCCUACCAUGAAAGUUUGAUAAGUAGCCGUUAUCUAUUUUUACGCCGAAAAAUCAAAUUUUGAGCUCACAUUCUGGAAAUUUAGAAAUUUUGAGUUUUAUAGCGCUUUUUUAGCUAAAAAAUUGGUGUUAAAGCUUGAAAUGUCUUAAUAAAAACGCCAAAAUACGCGUAUUUGUUUUAUUCGACCUAAUGCAAUUGCUGCGGAACUAUACGAAAGAAUGUCUCGGAAGUCGGAAAAAAAAUGAGGCUUAUUUGAAUCUUCCCUAGGAGUUUCGCAGAAUCGGAAUCCUAUUAACACGAGAGCGCGUUUUUUUAAAAGGGGAGUGCAAGAAGAACGGAAAAAAGAUGAAUUCGAUGGAACUUUGCUGAGAGAUAUUUAUGAACAUUUUGGUUCUGAAAAAUCGGAAAAAAGUGACUUUUGCUUCUUUUUUUUUUGUACAUUUGACGUCAAAAAACUCAAUUUUCUGCAAUGGCAGGGGAGCCUAAAAAAAUAGGUUUUGGAAAAAAGUUCUCAAAAGGUCCUUUUUCCUUGACCUUUCCACUCAAGAAAAUCCUGGGAAGGUGAAUGGAAGCUGGAAGGUCUUAAAAGGCCUUCGGAAGGUGUUCAGAAGGUCCUUGAAAGGUUAAAAAUCGAUUUUUUCCGGAAACCCUCCAGCAGCUUUUUGGCAGGUUGCUGGAAGGUUGCUGGCAAGCGUGGAAGCUAAAAAUAAAUAUUUUUUGAUAACCCAUCAUCAGAAAUUUUUUUUUUUGCGAACUUUUUGAGCCAUUCCCUCUUGCUGUAGCUGGAUUACGGUAGGCCGGUGUAUCUAAGAAUUGAUCAGUUUUUUAUGGGCAAGUUGUAUAUCAAUCGAUAGGUGAUCUAAUUUCAGGAACUUUUACAGUACAUACCCUCUUGGGUUACUGUAGGAAUUUUCGAGUAACGGUAAUUUUCGUGUUUGGAAUGUCGGUUUUUCAGUUCGAAAUAACAGAGACAGUUAGUAGAUACUAGAAUAUUUCUACUUAUUUGAAAUCAGGGUCUUCAAAAUUUUUUUUUCAAGUUUCUUCUGCAAAAAAUUUCUAAAUUUCAACUUGAUUAUGAUAAAGGUGCAAUGUGGCGACAAAUAUUCCUUGCUUCUAAAAAAAAAUGGUUCAUGUACAAAAAAAAAGGCUUGAUUUUUACAGUCCUGAAGACCUCACUUGGGAAAGAAUUCGUGGAGACUUGGGACGAAGACAUGGUCAGCGAAUGUCUCGACGGCUUCAUUUUGAUCGCCGACAGCGACGGAUCCAUUCUGUACAUUACGGAAUCGGUCAACAUCUACUUGGGAUUGACUCAGGUGAAUUUCCGAGCGAAAAAAACGGGGGGAGCAGGGGUGGUUCGCUGAGAUUUACGCAUUUUUUUCAGUUAUGGAAUUUUUAAAAGUCCAAGAAAUUUUUAAAGAUUUUUUUGAAAUUAGGAAGUGAAUCAUUUUUGUUGAAAUUUUCGCUUUUUCCGGGUAAAAUUGGGGAUUUCACUGAGAUUUACGCAUUUUUGAGCUUGACUUCAUGGUUCUUAGGAGGUGCAGAGUGGUCCCUAUAGGGGUCUUUCAACUUUGUUUAAAAAACGCUUUUUAUUUAAUUUUUCGCAUGGAAACGCUUCUUCGAGUACAUGAAAAUAAUCAAUUAGCAUGUCCCCUAUAGGGGCCACUAACUAAAAACCCUACAGGGACCACUUUUGCAAGCUUUAGUGGCCUCUAUAGGGUUGGUAAAGUGGUCUCGAGAGGGACCCUUCAAGUUUAAAUAAGGUUACCCCUAUAGGGACCACACUGGAGUUUCUAAAUAGUCUUCCUUUCUAGAUCGCUUAAGUAACCUUAAAAGAAUCUUUUAGAGAAUUUUAAAAAUCUUAAAAAUUAAAUAUCGACUAGCAUUUCUCCCCUAUAAGGACCAUUUUUGCAAGCUUGAGUGGCCCAUAUAGGGGUUUCGUAAAGUAGUCCCUAAGGCUGCCCCUACAGGGACCACUUCUGGAGUUUCUAAAUAGUCUUCCUUUCUAGAUCGACUUUGAAGCCUUGAAAGAAUUUAUCAGGGAUUUUUAAAAAUUCAUGUUCUUUAAAUUAAAGAGUGAGUCACAUCUUAUUGAACUUUUCGCUUUUUCCCGGCCAAAAUGGCGAUUUUUCUCGACUUUCCUUUCAUUUUCCUUGUGUUAUCACGCGCCUUUUUCUCCUAUCGCUCCCCGCCAGCCUCUCGAACCCAAAAUGAACUCGACGAAUUAAAUAAAAUCGAUAGAUUAGCGUCAAAUCGAGUCGCCUCGCAGCCCCGUAUCUCAUUUCAACGACAGAGUGACAUAAACGACCUUUUUGGUUGAUUUCCCUACAAAACAAGGCAUUUUGGAGGGCCUUGGGACAGGGAAAACAUGGGGAAAAGGGCUUUGAAUCGAAGAAAAACAUGGAUUCGUUGGGAAAUGUGUACUCUGAGUGAUAGGAAACACAUGAACUUGAAGGCGAGUACAUUUUUUUGUGAAGAGUAAAAUGAAAAAUUUCUCUUAAAGAAUAAGAGAAUAAUUUCCAUGGAAAAUUCAAGAUUUAUCUUCUAGAAAACUAUAUUUUUUAAAGACUUAGGCUUAGGAGCUGACCCCUGAGCUUCUAGAGCCCAAGUGGUCCUUAUAGAGGCUACUUUAGAGGCUCUUGGAGGGUCCUCUAUAGGGACCUCUUUACCAACCCCUAUAGGGGUCACUAAAGCUCGCAAAAGGGGUCCCUAUAGGGGCCAUUAGAGGGUCCCCUCUAGAGACUACUUUUCCAAGCCCUAUAGAGCUCACCAAAACUCGCAAAAGUUAUCCCUAUAGGGGACAUGCUAGUCGAUAAUUUUUAUGAACUCUAAGCGAAGAAGUAUUUCCAUGGGAAAACUGAACAAAACGUUUUUAAAUGAAAUUGAAAGGCCCCUAGAGGGUCCACUUGAGCUCUAGGGGCUAAGGGGCCAGACCCUAAACCCCUAUAGGGACCACUUUCUCGGCCCAGAUAGGGCUGUUUUUCACCCAAAGCCCUAUAGGGACUACCUUGACUUUACCCCUAUAGGGACCACUUUUUCGGCCCCCUAUAGGAGCUGUUUUCUACCUUAACCACUAUAGGGACCACUCUAGGAUUCCUAAGUUCAUUGACAUUUUUCAUUCAAAUAACACUAAUUUAUUGAUUUUUUUCGCUUGGAAUUAACAAUUGUAGACUAGCAUGUCCCCUAUAGGGGCCACUUUUGGACUCUGAAAUCAAGAUUUUCCGAGUUUUGACAAUAAAUAAUUCCUUUCUUUCAGACCGAUCUAACCGGCCGAUCCCUCCGCGAAUUCUUCCAUCCGACCGAUUAUGAUCAUUUUUUGAAACUGUCCGGUAAAUCAUUCCAUGGAUAGGCUGGAAUAAAUGUUCGUUUCCAGCCAAACUCAACACACCGAGGCAUCUCGACUGUCUCGUGGGCGUAAAUGUCGUUUUCCGGAUGAAAACGGUGAUCAGCCCCCGUGGCCGCUGUUUGAACCUCAAAAGUGCUCUUUUUAAGGUAAUUAAGGUCUUAAUUAGGGUAAUUUACCUUAGAGUAGGUAACUGUAAAAAAGAAAAAAUGAGGAAAAAAUUUUUCCGGUAGACUCGAUUUACUCAAGUUUUCUAGUUGUAAUCUCAAAAAAUCGGAUUUUAAUCUUGAAAAACUUCGAGGGGCCACUUUAGGGUUUUGAUCUUUUAGUGGCCGAUAUAAAGUCGAAUUAGUGGUUUUUUUGAACCUGAAAAGUGCUCUUUUUAAGGUAAUUAACGUCUUAAUUAGGGUAAUUUACCUAAGAUUAGGUAACUUCCAAAAUGAAAAUAUGAGGAAACAUUUUUCCCAUAGACUCGAUUUACCCUUGUAAUCCCAAAAAAUCGCAUUUUUCGCUCCAAAUUGAGAUCUUGGAAAUUUUUGAGGGACCACUUUAGGGUUUCGACCUUUUAGUGGUCGAUAUAAAGUCGAAUUAUUGACCACUUAAGGGACUGAAAUUUACUUAGAAGUCCAAGUAGUACUACUAGACCCCAAAAACUACUUUAGUGGCCCCCUGACGCGAAAUAUAAAGGUGGGUGGUCACUUAAGUGAAAUCUCAAAAAAAUCGAAUUUUGCGCUACAAAUUGAGACCUUGGAAAGUUUUGAGGGGCUACUUUAGGGUUUUUGACCUUUUAGUGACCACUUAAGGGGCUGAAAUUCAAUUGCCUAGUGGUACUACUAGACCGCUAAAAACUACUGUAAUGGACACUGAGACGUCGAAUAGUUCCUUCUAUAGAGAUGAGUGACCACUUUAGUGUCCUCAGACCUUAAGGGACCUCUUAAGGGGCCAUUGAAGUUUUUCGCGGACCUUCUGGGGCUUCAUGGUUUUCUUAAAAGCUCUGAUUUGGGCCUAAAGUCGAGUUUUUAAUGAUUUUUUUGGCUUAAACACGAGUUUUUAAUGAUUUUUUGGGCUUAAACACGAGUUUUUAAUGAUUUGUUAGGCUUAAAGUCGAGUUUUACAUAUUUUUACCAGUACCAAAAGCUUCAAAUUAGCUCUUGGAUUUUUCUAUCCUUGGUUCAAAAAAAAGUAUUUUCCAGCCAAUUUCCUUCAUGGUCCACGCGAAACGAUCAACCGGCGGCCAUGUACUCCUGAUGCAGGGCGCGACGAUUCCAGCCGGUCAAGGGACCAUCAAUUCGAACGCCUCGGCCUUGACCAAGGUUUUCCGGGGUUUUGGGCAUUUUUAUUGGGUAGAGCUUGAGAUUCUGAUUCGAUUGGUAUAGAAUUUUAGGAUGAAACUUUGAAAAAAAAUGAAAAAAUUCUCAAUUUCAGUACUCGGAGCAAUCUUCUGGCACUUUCAUGACCCGUCACACUUGCGAUAUGAUGAUUUCCUACGUGUCGGACCGGCUCAGCUACGUUCUGAAGGUCGACGGGAAAAGCCUGAUUGGAACGAGCUUCUAUCAGCUUGUCCAUCCAGAUGACAUCGCCAUUUUAGCGCCGGUGGGUUUCAAAGUGUAGAGGUGGAGAUUCUGAAUCGAUUGGUGUAGGAUAGGGGAAAAAAUAGCCUUUUAUGAUCAAAAUCGAACCAUUGGCCUUUUGGAUUCAGGUCAAGGAACUUACCGACUAGGCUAUCCUUCCCUUUUAAGGCUGAGGAUUCUGAAAAGGUUGGUAUAGGGAAAGAGAAAGCCUAACAACGGAAAAUGGAUAGAAAUAAACAUUAAAAAUACUUAUAAAGUAGUCUUUCUUGAUAAAAAUCGAACUAUUGGUCUCUUGGAUUCAGGUCAAGUAAAUUAGCGUCUAGGCUAUCCUUUUAUUUUAAGGCUGAGGAUUUUGAAAAAAUUUGGUAUAGGGAAAGGGAAAACCUCACAACGGAAAAUGGAUAGAAAUAAACGUUAAAAGUAGUCUUCCUUGAUAAAAAUCAAACCAUUGGCCUCUUGGACUCGGAUCAAGGAACCUACCGAUUAGAAUAUCGUCAUACUGUAGAUCUGAAAAUUCUGAAAAGGUUGGUAUAGGGAAAACUUAACGUCCAACGCUUCCUGAUUUAUCUCUAGUCUCCAACUUUGAAAGUUGAAAAAAGGAUUCCAAGUGAUCUUACCUGGGUUCACAAGCCAUCAAAAUUUCAAAUCGAUACUCGUCCCAGAGUCCGAGAGGUCCGUAGUGACUAGGGACCGUUUUUGAGUCUCAAAAGCUUGAAAUAGCGCUUUUUUGCUAUAAUUUAUGCAUUCUGCGGACUUUUAAGAUUCAUAAAUGGAAGACAGGAUUUAUUGCGAGGAUUUUUUUUCUUGUUCUCGAAUCAGUAGGACCUAAAGUGCACUUCACCGAAGUUUCAUCAAAAAAGUUCAAAAUGGGGGUAAAAAGUUCCCUAGUAAGCUCUGAAUAGUUCAGAGUACAGAGCCCAAAAUACCAAAUUUCAACGAGCCAUCGACUUUUUCAGUCGAUGAAAGAGCUCUUCGCCAAGACCCACGUCCGGACCCCAUAUUAUCGACUGACCGCCGCCAACAAAUCGACGGCUUGGAUCCAAACCGAAGCCACUACCGUAUCCCAUACGACCAAGGGACAAAAAGGACAAUACGUCAUCUGCGUCCACUACGUCCUGGGGUUUCGAUCAAUAAUCAAUCGAUAUUGAUUCCCUCUUUUUAGAAUCCAAAAAGAGUCGGAGAAGAUGCUGAGCAACGGUACGGUGGUACGCGUCAACGUGAAGACGGAGCUCGACGAUUCCCUAGGUAUAGUGGCUAAACGUCUUGUUUGUCGUCCGGAGGGACGCCGGAUCGAGUCCCUUUUGAGAAAAUAUUCUUUUGCCAUUUUUCUCCUCUUGCAGAGUACGUCGGCCGACAGCCGGAAAUUGUCGAAUGCGUCGAUUUUACGCCCCUGGUUGGAAUCGACGACGUUUUCGACGCCGAGACUUUGAACCCUUGCCUCGGAGUUUCGUCCGAUGAAUCGUCCUCGUCCAGUGAGAAUGGUGAUUUUUUCGGGUUUUUCAUGAGUUUGAAGCUUGUGACUUUGUUCUCAGGAAUUUCAGAGUGGUCCCUAUAGGGGUUAUUGUGAAAAGCAGCCACUUUAGGUGCCGAAAAAGUGGUCCUUCUAGGGGUUUAGGAUCUGACGCCAUAGCCCCUAAAGCUCAAGUGGUCCCUACAGGGGUCUUUCAACUUCAUUUAAAAACGCUCAUUUAUUUAUUUUCGCAUGGAAAGUACAUAAAAAUUACCGAUUAGCAUUUCCCUUAUAGGAACCACUUUCGCAAGCUUUAGUGGCCCCUAUAGGGGUUGGCAGAGGGUCCCCAAGGUUGCCCUUAUAGAGUUCCGAAGGCCUGAAUGUGUUAAUAAUUUUCAUUAUCUGUUCAUACUAAUAUUUGAAUUUCUAACUCGGUUGUCUCAGGCAUCUCACUCGAAAAAUCAAUUUUGAUUCACUUAAGAGACAACUUGUUAUCCUUAGAGGGAUCACUGAGCUUCAAUUGUCACUAGAGUGCCUCCUUAAAACCUUGGCGCAACUUCUCCAAACCGAUCCGAACUCUAGACUUACUAACCAUUCUAACAUAUCUAGUUCUCCUGACCACUCUAGGAAUCUUCGCGGUGACCCCAGAAUACGACGAGAAGCUCGAAGAGCGCAAACGUCAGUUCGACGAAUCCCGGGCCAGAUGCCGUCGGAUGAGGGCCAGACGCAGAAAACGGCUGGCCCGUUUUGCCCGCAAGCGUCGCCGAAUCCAAGAUUUCUACGACGAUGAGGUUUUUCCGAACGCCGCCUUCUUGUCCGUCGCCUUGUGCAGUCCUUCCUCGGCUUCUUAACUUCCUAAUCACCUAGUGUUGCUUGGAAUUUUUGUCUUGGUUAUGGUGGUUAGACGUGAUUUCGGGAUCAACUAGGGUGUGGGAUUUUUUGAGUUUCCGUCUACAAGAAAUGAUCUUUGAAAAGAUUCGGGAGUAAUUUUUGAGUUUCUAAGCCUUUCACCAAGCGAAUAGAUCCAAGAUCAGCUUGAGAACAUGUCUGAUGAAUUUUAAAUGUUAGGGCAGUUAUUUGUGAUUUUCCAAGGGUUAAUCUAGAAGGCAAGAUCUGAGACUCUUUGAGAAGCUUUGGGAUGAAUUUUCAAAGUUUUAGGGCAGUUAUUCGGUAGUUUCUUAGCUCAAAUCCAGAAGGAACGAUCUGAGACUCUUUGAGAAGCUUUGGGAUGAAUUUUCAAAGUUUUAGGGCAGUUAUUCGGUAGUUUCUUAGCUCAAAUCCAGAAGGAACGAUCUGAGACUCUUUGAGGAGCUUUGAGAUGAAUUUUAAGAGUUUUAGGGCAGUUAUUCGGUAGUUUCUUAGCUCAAAUCCAGAAGGAACGAUCUGAGACUCUUUGAGGAGCUUUGAGAUGAAUUUUAAGAGUUUUAGGGCACUUAUUUGCGAGUUUCUAAGCUUUCACUCAAAAGGAACGAUCUGAGGCUCUUUGAGAAGUUUUGGGAUGAUUUUUAGAGCUCUAGGGGCGUUGUUUGUAAAUUUCUAAGCUCUCAUUUAGUAGGAAACGAUCUGAGUCUCUUGGGAAGCUUUGGGAUGACUUUUUAGAGUUCUGGGGCAGUUAUUUGUGAAUUUUUUAAGCUUUCAUCUAUAAGGGACGGUCCAAGGCUCUUUGAGACCUUCGAGAUGAAUUUUAAGGGUUCUAGGGCCGAUAUUUAUGAUUUUCUGAGCGUUCAUCUAGAAGAGGCGAUCUACGACUAUUUGAGAAGCUUUGGGAUUAUUUUUAGAGUUCUAAGGCAGUUAUUUGUCAGCUUUUAAGCCGUGAUUUGGAAGGGACGAUCCAAAGGCUCUUUGUGAAGCUUUGAGAGGAAUUUUAAGAGUUUUAGGGCAGUUAUUUGCGAGUUUUUAAGCGCUUUGCUAGGCGAGUCGGUCCGAAAAAGCUUGAGAAGCUUUUUAAUAAAUUUCUAGAUUGUUAAGACAGUUAUUUGUGGUUUUCUGAGCGAUUCGUCCUACGGUUCGAUAUAAAAUCACCUUGAGAAAAAAUCUGAUGAGUUUUAGAUUGGUUUGGCAUUUUUGUAGUUGCUUGAUUUCCAUUCUCAGAUUUUUCAGGCUUUCCUCAAUUUGGUUAGAGUUUGAGAAAAUUAAGAAGCUUUCUGAAGAUGAGGUCACUUGAGAAGCUUAGAAAAAUGAUAUUUUCUCUUGUUUUUUGGGAUUCAUCGUACUAGAUGACGCUGAAAAGGUGGAGGAAAAAAAUUUCCAGACUUCCAAUUUUUUUCAAAUCUAACUAAUAAUUUGAGAGGAAACUUUGAUUUUAACGCUGUUUCAGGUGGAUUCUGGCACCUUUUUGAAAAAAUAGGUUAUAUAAGCUCUUCUCAAAUUUCUAUGAUUUUUCAAAAAACUAGUGAGAAGAUCUUCUAGUUCGGAUCGGUUUGGAUAAUGCCUGCUUCCCCCCGAAAAUCAAGAAUUUGAAGAAUAAACCCGUCUUGAUUUUCAGGAUCCGGUGCGGAAAGCAUCGAUGACGCUCUUCACUGGCUCUUUCGUCCAGACCCAAGCGGCCCGGCUCCAGAAGUACAGAGUCGGUUCGGAGGAGCCGCGCCGCCUGACGAUCCCUCUCUGGCCUCCGCGCAGUUCCUGGUGGACCAACAAGACCGCCGUCCGUUCUACGGUCAAGCCGCCGGCCAAACCGGAGACCAAUCCUAUUCCCCGCUGGCUGAAGGAGUAUCACAAUGUGCCAUUGGAGGUCCCGCUGGUGAGGAUUGGCUUUUUGAGCUUUCUCAGAAGCUACCAUUCUAAGGAGCCCUUGAAAGUUGACCUCUAGGGACCACUUCAGCUUCCUCUAUAGAGUUUGAACCAUGCAAAAGUGACCCCUAUAUAAAAUAUGCUAGUUUUAGGGACUCCAAGUAGUCUCUAUAGGGUUAAGCUUAGGGUCAUGGAAGCUUCAAAGUGGUCCCUAUAGUGGCGACCUUAGGGCCCUUGAAUCAUGCCCUCUUGGGACCAAUUUAGCACUCUUUAUAAAAAUUCAAGUGGCCACUUUAGCUGUUCCUUCAGAGCUUGAAGCUUGCAAAGGUGGCCCCCACAUAUCCUAGUAUUAGGAACUCCAAAGUGGUCCCUAUAGGGGUUACUUAAGGGCUCUUGAACGCUCCCCUCUAGGGACCACUUUUGUACCUCUUAUAGAACUUGAAGCUUGCAAAAGUGGCACCUAUAUGAGUCAUGCUAUUCUUAGGAAUUCCGAAAAACCCUAAAGUGGUCCCUAUACGGUAAACCUUAGGGCUCUUGAAGGUCCCCCUCUAGGGACUACUUUAGCACCUCUUAUAAAGCUUGAAAAAUGCAAAACGUGGCCCCACACAUGAGAGUGUUAGGAACUCCAAGGGGUCCUAUAGGGGUUACUUAAGGGCCUUUGAAUCAUGCCCUCUUGGGACCACUUUAGCACCCCUUAUAGAGCUUGUACCUUGCAAAAAUGGCCCCCGUCCAUGUUAGUCUCAAAAACUCCAAAGUGGUCCUUAUAGGGGCAACUUUGAGGGCCUUGAAGGUUCCCCUCUAGGGGCCACUUUAGCUACUUUAUAAAGCUUAAAGCCUGCAAAAGUGGCUUCUAUAUGAGACAUACUGGUCUUAGGAAGCUCUAAAGUUUUCCAUAUAUUUAGAUUUUCCUUUCUAGGAAUUUUUUUUUAACUUUAGAAGUCACAAAAAAGCCAAUAUACCUGAAAAACUGUCUAAUAUGCGCAGGUGUCGAACCUGGGCCACGCCGAGGCGGAAACCCUGGACCUCUGGGCUGUGGCGGCGCCGCCGAUCGACCACGACGCCUUUCCGCCAUUCAGACAUCAGGUUAUUACACUUCCCAUCGAAAGACAGACAGAAAAACCCCCAAAAAUCCAAGAAAUGAACCGAAAAAAGGCGUGAAAAUUAAUGUGUUUACGAGAAAAGAACGUGAAAAUUGUCACGUAGACGCCCCCCUGGCUGGAGUAUUUAUAGGCCUUGGCUCGUCAAUAUUUUUCCAGAACCUUGUUAUUUUUACUCCUGCCUGGCUUUCCUUGAAAAUCUUUUGCCACAAAAGUCCAAUUUUAUCAGCAGGACCUCCAAAGGCCUUAUCAGAACUGAAAAAAGUCGAUAUUUCUUCGUUUUAGUCAUAUUAUUCGAUUCAAAACUCGGGUUUUGUUAUUUCUAUUGAAGUUUCAUCUCAUUUUUUUUAUCUUGGAGCCUCGAGUUUUUAUCAAAUUUUCAACUUGAAUGCUUGAAAAAUGGUUAAGUUAAAAAAUGGAAACAUUUGGACAUAAUUUUUGACGGGAUUUUUUCAGUCCCUUUUUUCUUUUUCAAUGAAAUUCGAGUUAGUGGGUUUUUUCCAAGGUUUUGCUUUAUAGACGAAAAAUCUCUAACUCAGAAUCUUCUAUGAUAUCUGUUGGUAUCUCUUGUACCAUUAAAGAAACCGAAUUUAAUUGAAAGUUCUCAAAUUUUCUGAAAUUUCAUUCAAUUAUCUAAAAAAAUAAUGUAAUUUUUUUGAAUUCUAUGACUCGGAUCUUCUCAGUGAUGAAAAAAACGGAAAAAAAUUGGUCUCGGCUUCCGCUAGUCAUGCUCAUAUGGGACAGACUGUAGUAUGGCCUGUCCAGAUUUGGAAUGUCAAGAAAAAUGACGUCAUUCGAGAACGCUCUGCAGAUUGGUUCAUUGCGCAGGGGCGGAGGCGGAGCUUGAGGGAUGACUUGAAGUUUCAAAUCUGAAAAAAACUAUAUCUUUUCUGACGGUAUUGUAUCUUACACUGUGAUUUCUUGAAUUUUCAAAAAUUGGGAAAAAUUUCCGGGAUUUCAGAUACUCUCGCUAUGUCGUCCGUUGACGUUCGAGUCGGAGAAAGGCCAGUCGCCGAUCUGUUCCCCACUCUGCCUCCUGCCCAUCCUCAACCUCCGCAACAGCUCCAAAUGACUCAAAACUUCAACCAGCCCAUCAUUUGUGGUACCUUGCCCCCCAUCAAAAUGCAAAAUGUAACGAGUUGCUCAACCAGACGACCUCCAAUGGGAAGAGCCGGACUUGUCGGGAUUGGCGCCGUUCGUCGAUUGCUCGGAGAUGGAGCAGCUCGGUGGCGACCUGCCAAACGACUUCUUCCUCGAGCUGGGAAUCAAAGACUGGCGCCCGGUUACGCCCUCGAUGGUCCCCGCUGCCGUGGCUGUUAAGGUUAAUCAUUUUGAUAAAAGGGAAAAAAAUUAAAAAAAUUCAAAAAAAUAUAACUUUCAUCGAGAAGUUUGCAAGGCGGAAAAAAAUUUAUAUCACUUUUUAAGACCGAAAAUGGAAAAAUUUUUCAUUUUUUUCAAGUUUUUUUGGAGUGUCAAAAAAAUGUUUCUUAUGCAGGAUUUUUCUCCUUUAUUCAAAAAUUUGACUUUCAACUUCCAUUCCGAAACUUUUAAAUUCAUUGAAUAAUAUUUUGUAUCAAAAUUUCAAUUCGGCCAAUUUUGAAGGCAUUAAUUUGCGUUAUUUUUCGAGUUCUACUACAGUUGUUCUACAUAAACUACUUGAAAUAUCCAUUUUUCGAAGAAUUGCGUUUUGGUUUCUCUAAAGAGUAAGUAGAGCCCUCUGACAGAUUUGGAACUCGGCUUGCAAAGUACUCAAAAAUAGACGCCCAUCCAAGAAGUGACCUCUAGUCAACUUCUGAAGGAGAUUUAGUUCACUAGAGGCAAUGUUUCAAGCUGACCUUAUAUCUGGUAUUAAAAACGGACACAUGUCUGUAGAAAAAAAAGUUAUGGUUAAAUCAAAGUCGAAUUUUUUUUUUGUAGAAUAUGUGAGUUUUUUUCAGUGGGACAGGGUCUAUGCGUUUUUUAAGAAUGAGCUCGGAGACAUGGAAUUUUCGAUUUUUAAUGGUCCAUAGCUUUUUUCACAGACCUCCUAGGCCGUUUAUAAAGGCAAAUUUGGAAUCAGCGUGAAAAACUACAUCUAGAAACCCUAGACUCAUUUAGAAGUUUAAAGGCAUAGGGGCAGUAAAAAACGGUGUUUCAGUUCAAAGCAGUACUUUGUAGAGCUUUUCAUUGCGAAUCGAACGGUAAACUUGAAAACGUACCGAAAUUCUUAAUUUCGGAGAAAAAAUAAUUCAAAGUCGGAGAAAGGAAAUCUUGAGUUCCCGCGAAAAGGGCGCUUUGCAGUAAAGUUGCUCUAUGGACAACAGGCUUCGCCAUCUUCCGGAUUUUUCGCUUUUUUUCUUCGUUUCUUUCAAAUUUCAAUUUUUUUCUGUUAACACCAAAGUUCUUUUUCGUCACAAAAACUUUCUAUUCAUGUAUAACUUGCAAACUUUGAUCGCAAAAAUGCUUCUUUGGUGAAAAAUGAUGAAUUUACACAGGUUUCGACUGGGAUAGCGAUAUUUUGUGUUUUCUUUAUUAUCAAUGUGUGUUUUUUGUUUGAUUAAAUGUUUUUUUCAGAGAAGAAACCUUUAAUUUGAAGCAGAUAUCCGGUUAUUUCUCACAAAAUGCGAAUCUAAUGAGACGUACGCAACAUCGCGUGUACGGCUACUGUAAUCAGUUGUCUGAGCACCGAUCCAAAGCUUUUUUCAAAAAUUAAAGCGGGAAAGUAAAAUCGCGUUUUUCUUCUAAAGUUGUCACAUCUUUAAUUUCUUUGAUUACACCAUUCGUUUCGCAAAGAAAAACUAUAUAAGAUACUGCUUUCACCUGAAACCCCAUUUUUUACUGCCCCUAUGCCUUUAAAAAAAAUCCCUUUUUGAAUUUUAAAACGAGGGGUUUCCACAAAAUUUGAUGAAAAUAUCGAAAUUCAGGCUCCCCUCAGCCCAACGAGCCCGCCAGCCAAACGGAACUACCAAAAUUCGUACGACGCCUGGAAUUCCGGCUGUCAAUAUCAUCCCGACUUCGAGCCGUACUGGCAAUCCCAGCCCCAGCAAUCCUCCUGGCAACCGACUUAUAGUGCUAAUCCCAACUUCAACCCGGCUUUUCCCAAUUCUUAA